GUGCCGCCUCUGGCUCAGGAGUCUGUCAACCAUCUGAACGUAAAGUUUUUAUUUCGUGAAAUCGAUAGAAAAAGAAAGGGCCACUGCUCUGAAGCUCAGCUGACGAGAAGGAGGGUGUGCAGCUGCAAGUUCGAGAGCUAUCGGACCCCAAAAGCAGGGGUGGGUCCUAGCACUCUGCGCGCCGAGACCCUCUGCGUAGGCCGAACCAUGGGUACCCAAAAGCCGCGGAUCCUGCCCUGGCUGAAGUUGCAGCUGGACUUGGGGCGGCUGGAGGGGGUGGCCUGGCUGGACGAGAGUCGCACGCGCUUCCGCAUCCCGUGGAAGCACGGCUUGCGCCAGGAUGCCCAGCAGGAGGACUUCGGCAUCUUCCAGGCCUGGGCCGAGGCCAGCGGCGCCUACACUCCUGGAAAGGAUAAACCUGAUCUGCCCACCUGGAAGAGGAAUUUCCGAUCGGCCCUGAACCGGAAGGAGGUGUUGCGUUUAGCUGAGGACCGGAGCAAGGACCCCCACGACCCCCACAAGGUCUAUGAGUUUGUGAACUCAGGAGCUGGGGACUUUCCUGAGUUGGACACCUCUCCAGAUACCAAUAGCAGAUGCAGUCCCUCUGACACCCAGGAAGACAUACUGGAGGAGUUACUGAGUGACAUGGCCUUGGCCCCAUUCCCAGGUGGGGGGCCCUCGAGCCUGCCUAUGGUCCCUGAGGAGACCCCUCCAUUCUUGCUGAGCCCCAGCGUAGACAUCCCUGCCCCCUGCCCAAACCUGCAGCCCCCGGAAAACCCACUGAGGCGGCUGUUGGUGCCUGAGGAAGAAUGGGAGUUCGAGCUGACUGCCUUCUACCGGGGCCGCCAAGUCUUCCAGCAGACUGCCCUCUGCCCGGGGGGCCUGCGGCUGGUGGCGUCAGAUGCAGACCAGACGCUGCCUGGACAGCCAAUAAUCCUGCCAGACCCCGGGGUGUCGCUGACGGACAGGGGCGUGAUGGGCUAUGUGAGGCGUGUGCUGAGCUGCCUCGGUGGGGGGCUAGCUCUGUGGAGGGUGGGACAGCGGCUCUGCGCCCGGAGGCUGGGGCACUGUCACACGUACUGGGCCUUGGGCGAGGAGCUCCUCCCUGACAGUGGCCACGGGCCCAGCGGCGAGGUCCCCAAGGAUGAGGAAGGAGACGUGUUCGACCUGAAGCCCUUCGUGGCAGAACUGAUUGCCUUCAUUGAAGGAAGCGGACACUCACCACGCUACACCCUCUGGUUCUGCGUUGGGGAGCCAUGGCCCCAGGACCAGCCGUGGAUCAAGAAGCUCGUGAUGGUCAAGGUGCUGCGGGCCUGGGCUCCUGGAGCUAAAGGGGGGGGGAUCUUAACAAAGGGCAGAGGAGCUACAAGUCCCAGAAGCCCCUCUGAAAAACUACAACUUCCAAGAGUCUCUGCAACCACCAGAUUCUCAUCCAGAGGAGCUUCUGGGUGUCCCUCUCUUCUCCUCACCCCUACAACCUGUUUUGAACUCUCAAAACCAUGUGGAAGUCGGUGGACUACGAGUCCUCACAGUCUCUGUGAGGAACCACAGCUCCUAGGAGUCCUUCUGACCACAAGCUGCUCAGCCCUAGCUUCUGGGAACCCCUCCAGCACCUCAGCCCUAGGAAACUUCUUGGACCUCUGGUGGUUGUGGUUAUAGGGAAAACUACAACUUCCGGCCGCCCUGGGCCAAAUAGUUCACCCGGAGUUACAGUGUAGGGGCUGCUGGGAGUUGUAGUCCACUCAACCCUACCCCUGCCCGUGAACCAGGUGGAGUGUUUUCCCUGACCGGUUUCCCCCCCACUUCCUGCAGGUUGUUCCCACUUGUCUCAGGGCCCUGCUGGACAUGGCACGGUCAGGGGGCGCCUCCUCACUGGAGACCACCGUGGACCUGCACAUCUCCAACAGCUACCCACUCUCCCUCACCUCGGACCAGUACAAGGCCUACCUCCAGGA